GCUAGUGCUGCGACCGACUCCGUUAAGCGACCGCAGCGGCGGCGGUGGGAGGGAUUGUUUUGGUUAAAGUUUAGGGAUUGUUGGUUUGUUUCUGUCCGCGUAUCGAUGAGUCAAAGUUUCAAGUGUUUUUUUUUUUUUUUUUUGUUCGCUUUCCAUUUUGUCACCGGUUUGUUCGCUCUAUUCGGAGAAGAGGCUCUGGAUAAAGCGGUCCUAAGGUGGAACAACUUUUCCCAAACCAACCAACAAGCAGACCUAUGCUAAGCUAACCCGCUAGCCAGAAGUCUGGAAUGCAGUCGGGGUUUGUGUUUACAGUCCACAAACCCGCAAGCAAACUUAACAUUUCGCGAUUCGACUGCUACGAGCUCUUUACCUGCGAGUUUGUACUGAACACCGGCCCCGGGGAGGGUGUAUGUUUCUUCUCGGAUCGGAAGGUGCAGGUGCACCUCUUGCGGCACCUGCGGAAACUUUGUAACUUUGCUCCAUCGGUAAACGGCUAACUUUAGUUUGCUCGCAUGACAUUAUGUUAUCACGUUGUGACUUCUUUUCCUUAUUUAUAAAUCAUUGGAUCAAUUAAUAAAUAAUUGUUAGCGUUUAAUCACUCUAAACCAUCAGCCCAUGAAGCGGUGGUGUUUGCUAAGCCGUAUUUCGGCUAAUCCUAGCGAGCAGCCUCGCUAGGUUGCUCGUUGACCCUCAUACUUUCACCAGAGUGGCGACGUGGAUACAAGCUUGUAGACACUGUCUCCCCCACAGUUUGACUUUCCUGGGUGCUGCGGAGGGGGUCCCCCCUUUUUCCUUCGGAUAGGCUCGCAAAUGUGACAGUAUGGGUAUUUUAAAAAGUUACAUUUUACCAUUUUAAAGUUUUUUUUUGUUUUGUUUUUUUGUUCAAUAAGCUCUGCACCCUAUGGUGCCGCUACAGCCACCGAGAAAUGGAUGUCUCGCAGGCCGCUUUCCCAAACGGUGAAGGGCGGCCGGGCGGUGGCGGCGGGACCGGGGAGCAUGCCUGGACGGAGUCCCCGAGUGUCCGGUCGUGGGCUCACUCUGCCCCGCUGUGUCUCACUCGGUCCCUUUGGACCGCCGCGUACGACUACGAGGCGAGCGGCGAGGACGAGCUCAGCCUCAGGCGGGGAGACGUGGUGGAGGUCCUGUCCAAGGACGCUGCCAUCUCCGGGGACGAGGGGUGGUGGACGGGCAAGAUCAACCACCGGGUCGGGAUUUUCCCUUCCAAUUACGUCACGUACCAGCCUGCUAUUUACCGUCUUCCCGCAAACAGCGGGUCAGCGGGGGUGUCAGAACAAGUGCCCAGCUCGCCCACCCAGAUUCCUUUUAGUGAACUGGUGCUGGAGGAAAUCAUAGGCGUGGGUGGGUUUGGCAAAGUCUACCGGGGAACAUGGAAAGAUCAGGAGGUUGCGGUGAAAGCGGCUCGGCAAGAUCCAGAUGAGGACAUAACGGCCACCGCUGCCAGCGUCAAACAGGAGGCCAAACUGUUUUCCAUGCUGCAGCAUCCCAACACCAUCAAGCUGGAAGGGGUGUGCUUGGAGGAGCCCAACCUGUGCCUGGUGAUGGAGUAUGCCCGAGGCGGGACGCUGAACCGGGCGCUGACUGGAAGGCGCAUCCCGCCACACAUCCUGGUCAACUGGGCCGUCCAGAUUGCACGAGGGAUGCACUAUCUGCACGAGGAGGCCGUAGUACCCAUCAUCCAUCGUGACUUAAAGUCUAGUAACAUUUUAUUACUUGAAAAGAUUGAGAAUGAUGACAUCGGGAGGAAGACCUUGAAGAUCACGGAUUUUGGCCUGGCAAGGGAGUGGCACAAAACCACAAAAAUGUCAGCUGCAGGCACCUACUCCUGGAUGGCCCCUGAGGUCAUCAAGUCCUCUCUCUUCUCCAAAGGCAGCGAUGUGUGGAGUUAUGGAGUCCUGCUGUGGGAGCUGUUAACAGGAGAGGUCCCCUACCGAGGGAUUGAUGGUCUGGCUGUUGCUUAUGGUGUUGCUGUAAAUAAGUUAACACUUCCAAUCCCCUCCACCUGCCCUGAACCCUUCGCCAAGCUAAUGGAAGAGUGCUGGGACCAGGACCCUCAUGUUCGUCCCUCCUUCUCCUGCAUCCUGGAGCAGCUGUCAGCCAUCGAAGAGGCAGUGAUGGCCACCAUGCCUCAGGACUCCUUCCACAGCAUGCAGGACGACUGGCGGGUGGAGAUACAGGAGAUGUUUGAUGAGCUCAGGACCAAAGAGAAGGAGCUCUGCUCCAGGGAAGAGGAGCUGACGCGGGCCGCCCUGCAGCAGAAGUCUCAGGAAGAGCUGCUGAAGCGUCGUGAGCAGCAGCUGGCUGAGCGAGAGAUCAACGUUUUGGAGAGGGAGCUCAACAUCCUCAUUUUCCAGCUCAACAAGGACAAGCCCAAUGUGAAGAAGAGGAAAGGCAAAUUCAAACGUUCCCGCCUUAAACUGAAGGACGGAAACCGCAUCAGUCUGCCCUCAGACUUCCAACACAAGAUAACAGUGCAGGCGUCACCUUCUAUGGACAAGAGGCGCAGCCUCCACAGCACCAGCUCGUCUCCUCCCAGCAGUCCCACGCUCAUCCCCCGGCUGCGAGCCAUUCAACUUACUCAAGAUGAGAGCAACCGUACAUGGGGCCGCAGCACCCCCUUCAGGCCGGAGGAGUUUGAUGAAGUGAAAAAAGGAAUCAAGAAGAAAGGAAGAACCUGGGGUCCCAGUUCAGGACAGAGCAAAGAAAGGCCUGCUGCUGCUGAGAGGGUGCGUCCUCUAUCAGACGGCAGCAACCCCUGGUCCACCAGCUUGCUGAAGUCCCAGAAGUCUGUCCCGCUUGCUGCUCUGUUCGGUGAACAAGCAGGAGCAGGUAGGGAUGAAGCGUUCCCCCAGGAAUGCUCUGAUGGCAGCUCCAAACCAAAGCAGCUCAAGUUCCCCAACCAGGUGUACAUUGACCUACCUCUGUGGAGGGACGAGAUGCAGCCUCAGAGCCCCAGUGGUAACGGCGGAUCAGGAGAUGCUGGGGUUGGCCCAGGAGGACCUCCUGAUACGCCAGAUGACCCCUACACCACCACUUCCACCUCCUCCACCUCCACAACACCACAGCUGACCCCCACCAACAGUCUAAAGAGGCCAUCAGGUCGACGUAAGACGGACUUUGCGUUGUAUGGCUGCGGCUCGCUGCUAGCUUCUGUGGUCCUCGGUCAUGACAUUAGGGAGGCCAUCAAGAACUCAGCCCCUCCUGAGGAUUGUGAGCCCCCAAAAGAGGAGAAGGAGAAGAAGAAGAAGGAGGGCCUCUUUCAGCGUGCAGCCCGAUUCCGCCGCAGCACCUCGCCACCGGGUGGUCGUUCCCGCAAAGAAGAGACAUCAUCAAACCCCACCAGCACUCCGCCUGUCAACCUCGUCUCAAUGUCAGCCAUUAUGGAGUGCAACUCCACCAAAUGUCUCUUACAGCCAGAGCCUGAGGUGCUGGAGUCUAGUCCUGGAAAGGGCGAGCCUGUGGUGAACAAUCACCACACGAAGCCACCCAGACCUGGCAAAGCAGCAUCUGCUGACAGCCAGAGUAACAAGAGGGCAGCUGAAACUCAGACGGCAGCUGAAACUCAGACAACAGUGCAAACUCAGAUUCAGCCCCCAGAGCAGAGCAACCACAACACAGGAACACGUCUUCGCAGAAAGAAGUACACCUCCAACCACAACACCCACAAUGGUCCAUCGGCACCACCUGCUGCUCAGAAGAAGCAGGAGAAAGAGAAGGACGAGAAGCCGCUGAGCGGAGACCCCGUCCUGCGGCCAAGGCCGGUGUCGUUCCGGGCCAAACCCCAAGCCUGGGCCCUGCUGCGAGGGCGCAACAAGAGCUACUCCCUGGGCCACUACUCCGGGGAGAAGACGGCUCAGGACUUGAAUGUGGGCUGCUCCCUGCUCGACAUGGACACCGAGGGGCAGAAACGGGACUGCACCGUGCCGCUCUGCCGCAUCCAGAGCUCCCCAGGACGACCCACAGUGUUUGAGCUGGAGAAAGAGUUCCUCUCCUAGGAGUCUGGAGGAGUUAACUGCUCUAAUUGAAGCAAUCUGGAGAGUUACUGGAGGGUUUGACGCACGCUGUCUAUGUUCCUUUCUGCUUCUAAAAGCACCAUAGAACGGAGCUUCCUCCUUAGUGCGAGAGCACGGCAAUGUCCGUGUGUCACAGGAGCUCCAAAAUGUCUGACUGCCUUACACACUGCCACGUUUCCACAACACAUCGCUCUGACACGCUCUGACACCUGAGCAGGCAGAACUUGGUCCUCUGAUGUCUUUCUGCCUUCGUUAUCCCCUCCCUCUCAUCCUGUCUUUGCAGCUCAACGUUGACCGCCGCUGCAGCUCUCCCAACUCAAAACACUCACCUUUUUAUUUAUUUCUAUUGGUAAUUUAAUAUGAACUGAUGUAGCGGGCAGCGAGGCGUACAUUCCAGCUCAGUUUCACAGCUGUGUUGUCAGAUGUUUCUUCUCACUCGAGAAUCAUGCAUGCAUGUACUCUUUAAAAUGUUAAAAAAGAAAGAAAAAGAGCAAUGCUGCCUUGUUCUCUGCAGCACCUGUGUUGUUUUAUGACCGUUUUACUGAGUCAGCAAUGCUGCCGCUCAGUCUGUGUACUAGGGACAGGUUACAUUAUAAAUAUUAGUGCUCAUGCUUCGGUUGUUCCUGCCAGAAUGGCCUAAAGAGUUUAGAGAUGCAGGUAGAAAAACACUGGAAGUCUUACAAAGCCGACGUGGGAUCUAUUCUUGUAAAAACAAAAUGUUGCUGUUUAUGUAUUUAUAGUCGUUUUUUUUGGGGGGUUUUUUAUUUUUGUGGUUCUCAGCACACUGAAGCAGAUUGUUGGCAACAGAUUAAACACAAACAUUCACAUCAGAAUCGGUUUUAUCAAGCAGUCCCCCCGAUGAGAGCUGAUUGGUUGAAACUGGAGCAAGCACAGCUGCAGGUAAAAUAGGGGAUACAAAAAAUUCAACUCAUAGAUUCGUUACACACAGAGUGAUCUAUUUCAAGCUUUUAUUUGGGUGAUUAUGGCUUAUAGGUAAUAAAAAUUCUGUUUCUAAGUCAAGUAAAAUAUUACAUAAGACCAAUAAUAAAAGGAUCUGGAAUACAGAAACGUCAGCCUACUGAGAAGUAGCAAUCCAUGUUCUGUACAUUUUAUGCAAUCGAUACUUGGACCAUUGCUGCAUCAGGAAGCGAUCAGGCAGUGGUUCUGCUUAGAUGUAAUGGAAGUCCAGGUUGCUUUGAUAGCAGCCUUCAGGCUCUCUACAUGUUGGGUCUGGUGUCUCCCAUCUUCCUCUUGGCAAUACCCCAUUGAUCUUGUAUGGGGGUCAGGUCAGGCCAGUUAGCACAGUGUUGCCAUGGUAAUUAAAGCUGGUAAUGGUACUUUUAUCAGUGUGCCAGGUCCAUGUGCAAAAUUAAAUGAGCACCUGUAUGGAACUUGUCAGCAGGAGGAGGCAUGAAGUGCUCUAAAGCUUUCUGAUAGUCUGCCUCACAAUACUUUCUAAGCUGUGGCUUUUACCUGUUACUUCUACAUCUUUUUCUGCCACACGUUUUCCUACCACUCAACUUUCCAUUAAUAUCCCUUGAUAUAGAACUCUGAACAGCCAGCUUCUUCAGCAACGACCUUUAAGAGGCAUGUGUUGGGUGUUUUUGACAUUCCGCUGGAAGUCCAAAAUGUAACAUUUCUGUCUUAAAGGUCAGUUGUUGUUUUUUUGUCUUGGUCUUAUGUAAUAUUUAGAUUUUAUUUAUUUUCAGUCACUUUAAGCCAUAAUAAUCAAAACAAUGAAUCUGUUUAACAUGAGUUUUGCUUUUUGGGUUGAAUUACUGAAAGAUGUUAAUAUUUCAGUGGUAUUCUACUUUGAAGGACCCAUACGUUAUUCCUAAUACUAACUGGUGCAAGUCUGCUCAGUUAAACCUGUGCCUUUAAUUGAAGCAUGCCACAUUUCACCUUUUAUGUACCUGAACAAAUCGAUUUGAGCUGUUACAUUGAAUAACUUUCCCAUUUGGCUGAAUCUGAUCGUGUUUUCAAUCAUGCAGUCUAUUUAAACGUAAAACUGUUUAUUUUUUACCUGAACAAAUUCAUUCCAUGAAGCUCAGGAAAGUCUGGAGACAUUUAUAUGAAGCUCUUUGCAUCUCAGCAGGCUCCUCUCUCCAGAUUCCACCUUUUAAAUAUGCAGUUCAUGUACUAGGGGGCAGUUUCAGGGCUUUAAAUAAUUUUUUAAUGUUUCCUGAAAAGUAUGUGCCCCCCCAUUUGUUUCACUGUUGUCUUACUGAGUUUUUUAGAAAGGGCUAAAGAAUGAUCUUAGAGAAACGUAUGAAUUACCAGACGCUGUAAAUGUAUUCCUGAUGUGUGUAUUCGGCUGAUUUUGUAGAAUGUGAAGUCUCUCUGAAGGUCGUGUCGAUCCUAAAGCUGGUAAAGGUGCUAUCUACAAGCCUGUUUUCUUAAUUUUUUAAGAAUCGAGGACACCUGUAAAUAACACAUUGGUCCUGAGCAGCCACUUGUGCGCAGCUUGUCCCGGUGAAAUAUUUUGUGCAACAUUCCUAAGGAACCACUUCACUGCAGCGACGGGACCAGAUUUACAAUGAAGCACCCCUGAUAUUUUUCUGCAUUCAGAACCAAAACCACUAAUUCAACCUGCUGCUAUAUGAGGAGAAGUGUAGAGGCUCGUCAACCUGAUCUCCAACCAUGUAAAACGUCUUUUUAAGUCACCGAACGCCGAUCACUCUGACUGGGUCAAAUUCAGAUCUGAUCUGUUUCUGAGAGCCGUGUUUGUUAUCCUGACAGUAUUGGUUACGUCAUGCCUAAUUGAUCAAGAGUUAUUAUGUUUAUCAACAUUUUAAAUAAAACCUACAUCAAGCCUG